CUUGUCUCAGAAGAUGUCGUGUUUUAAUAAUUCUAUCCAAACUAUUUUAAUAGUACAUUUUUUCUAUAAUUUUUCUAUAUUUCUUUAAAUUUAAUAAAUCAACAAUGUCAACGACAUUAAGGGUCAUUGUAUUAAUUUUAUUCUUCUUAUUUUUUGAAUUAUUAGAAACAUCAUCGGAUAGAAAUUCACGUUUUUUAAAUUUGAAAAGUGUUAAAAAAUUUAUCAACAAUGGUAAUGAAUUUUCAUCAAAGGAACUUGAUGAUAUUACACCAUUGUCAAAUUCUGAAUAUGAUUUCAUCAUUGUUGGUGCCGGUAGUGGAGGUGCAACUUUGGCAAAUAGACUAAGUGAAAUUAAAAAUGCAAAAAUUCUUCUCAUUGAAGCAGGAAGAAGCGAAAAUAUUGUUAUGGAUAUACCAAUAUUCCCUCAUUUUCUACAAUUUAGCAAUGACAUUAAUUGGAAAUAUCAAACUGAAUCGUCUGAUAAAUAUUGUUUGGCAAUGACAGAUCAUAAAUGUAAUUGGCCACGUGGCAAAGUAAUGGGUGGCAGUAGUGUUUUAAAUUAUAUGAUUGCAACAAGAGGCAAUCAAAAUGAUUAUAAUUCAUGGGCAAAAAUGGGUAAUAAAGGUUGGAGUUUCAAUGAUGUUUUUCCCUAUUUCAAAAAAUUGGAAAAUAUUUAUAAUCAUGGACCAAUUAGCAUUGAAAAUUCACGUUAUCGAACACCAAUGGCAAAACAAUUUAUUGCUGCCGGUUUAAAAAUGGGUUAUAAAAUUAUCAAUUACAAUAGCAAUGAUACAAUGGGUUUUGGAUAUAUACAGGGUACAACGAAAAAUGGUGAAAGAAUGAGUACAAAUAAAGCCUAUCUACAUCCAAUACGUAAUAGAAAAAAUUUAUCACUCACACGUGAGUCAUUGGUUGAAAAAAUUUUAAUUAAUCCAACAACAAAGCAAACUAAUGGCGUUUCAUUUAUUAAAAAUGGUGAAACAAUAAAUGUUUAUGCCAAACGAGAAGUUAUCAUUUCAGCUGGUGCGAUUGGAUCACCACAAUUAUUAAUGCUCUCUGGAAUUGGUCCAAAGGAACAUCUCAAUGAAAUGGGUAUAAAUUUAAUAAAACAUUCAUCAGUUGGUGAAAAUUUAAUGGAUCAUGUGCCAUAUGGUGGUUUAAUAUAUAUUGUUAAUCAAUCAAAUCCUUUUCUUUUGCAAAAUCUUAUUAAUCCAUUUUUUCCACAUUUGGAGGAUUAUUUAGAGAGAAGAGAUGGAGCUUUUACAAGUUUUGGUGGUACUGAAGCUAUUGCUUUUAUUGAUGUUGAUCGACCAGGUGAUACAACAAGUAUACCAAAUGUGGAAUUUUGUUUUGCUGCUUUAAGUUUAGCAUCAGCUUCAAAUGCUUAUAAAUUAUUUAAUCUUUCGGAGGAUUUUUUUCAAAAAAUGUACAAAAAUUUAUUAUCACAAUAUACAUGGACAAUAUUACCAUUUGUUAUGCAACCAAAAAGUAGAGGAAAAAUUCUUUUGAGAAAUAAAAAACCUAACAGUAAACCAAGAAUAAUGCCAAAUUAUUUUGAUGAUCCUGAUGAUAUGAGGCGAACGAUAAAAGCAAUUAGAAUUGUUCUUGAUAUUGGUAAAUCGGAGGAAAUGAGAAAAUUUGGAUCUGAAUUGUAUCAUGUACCAAUGGUUGGUUGUGAAAAAUUUUCAUUUAACUCUGAUCAAUAUUGGGAUUGUGCUGUUAGAACUUUUACUUCAACUAUUUAUCAUCCUGCUGGUACUUGUAAAAUGGGUCCAGAAUGGGAUACAACAGCAGUUGUUAAUCCAAGAUUACAAGUUAUUGGUAUUAAAGGUUUAAGAGUUGUGGAUGCUUCUAUAAUGCCAGAACUUCCAUCAGGACAUACAAAUAUUCCCACGAUAAUGAUUGCUGAGAAAGCAGCUGAUAUGAUAAAGGAAGAUUGGAAUUAUCCCAUUGAAAAGUUAUAAAAUUUUAAUUCAUGUGAACUUUUGUAUAUAUAUAGACGAAUAAUAUAUUGAAAUUUAUAUUUAAAAUUAAA